AUGGGUCGAACAAUCUUUCCCCUCCUCCCGCCAUAUGGCGCCCAAGAUCCCAACCACGGACAUAUCGUCCCCUCCAACCCCGACGGCAUUACACCAUAUCUCGGUCUAAAGUCUCGCCUCUCCCAAGUAUGGCUCAAUCGGUGGACUAUACUGCUCCUUCUAGUCCUGGCCCGAGUCUUAAUCGCCGUCGGCGGACUAGAGACGGACAUGGGCUCGGCCAAGCGCGAGGCAUUGUCAGCAUGCACAUCCGUGGAGUCGAUGGGAAGUGCGAUGGCGUCAAUGCCGCACUAUUCGUCCCGGGGAGUGAAUGAGCUUACAGCGUCGAGCGUCGAGGCGGCGGUUCGGGGGCUCAAGUCAACAUUGAUGCUAAUGGUGACCGGGGUUGAGGAGAUUAUUCUCUUUAUUAUCAAGGUGAUGUACCAAACGUACCUGUGUCUCAUCACCAUGGCCGUCCGAGGCACCGUGGACGUUGGAGUCGGCCUGCUGAAGGAUGCGACCAGCUUCCUGAACUCCACCGUCAAAGAAGUCGGACACGACAUCGCAAGCGCAGUCAACACCUUCGAAGACGGCCUAAACAAAUUUCUCGACACAGUAAACUCCGUCGCCAGCGCCUUCGGCGGCAGCGUUCCUGACCUCAACAUCUCAAGCUCCAUCGACAAGCUAGAAAACGCCCAGCUCCCCUCCUCAAUCAACGAGGGCCUCGAUAAAAUCAACAGCUCCAUUCCCACCUUCGCCGAAGUCCAAAACUUCACGGAAAAUGUCCUGCGCUGGCCCUUUGAAGAAGUCAAAAAACUCAUGAACGAAUCUCUGGGCACCUACGAAUUCAACCGCUCCGUCCUCCCCGUCCCAGCAAAGGAGAAAAUGCACUUCUGCGACGGAAACGACGGCAUCAACUCCUUCUUCGCCGGCAUCGGCGACCUAGCCACCACCGCCAAAAAGAUCUUUGUCGCCGUCCUGGUCAUCCUAGCCGUCCUCUUCUGCGUCCCAGUCGCAUGGUCCGAAAUCCGCCGCUGGCGCACUAUGAGAGACCGCUCCCAGCUCGUCCGCAAAGAAGCCCACGACCCAAUGGACGUCGUCUACAUCGUCUCCCGCCCCUACACCGCAGGCGCAGGCAUCAAAGCAGCAAGCUGGUCCAGCAACAGCCGUCGCCAGACCCUCGUCCGCUGGGCCGUCGCCUACGCAACAUCCCCGCCAGCCCUCCUCGUCCUCUGCCUAGGCAUCGCGGGUCUCUUCUCCUGCCUCUGCCAGUUCCUGCUCCUGCGCGCGGUCCAGAAGACCGUCCCCGAGCUAACCUCCGAAGUCGGCGACUUCGCAGACGAAGUCGUCGACUCGCUUCAGAACACCUCAGCGUCAUGGGCCAAUGGCGCCAACGGCGCCAUCGCAGACGUUAGCUCCGACAUCAACAACGACGUCUUCGGCUGGGUGAAUACCAGCACCACGGCCGUCAACGAUACGCUAAACACCUUCGUCGAUAAAACAACGGGCGUCCUGAAUGAUACCUUCGGCGAUACCCUCCUCUACGAACCCAUCAUGGACGUCUACGAGUGUCUCAUCGGCUUGAAAGUCGCGGGUAUCCAAAAGGGUCUUACAUGGGUGCAUGACCACGCGCAUAUCGACUUCCCGCUCAUCCCGAACGAUACGCUCUCCCGCGGCGCACAGGAAAGUAUCGACUCGGGGGACUCGGGGGCUAGUUUCCUGACGGACGCAGGCGACGACACAGCCGAUAAGAUCACAUCUGUCGUCGCGCGGGUAGUCAACAAGAUCGAAGAGGAAAUCAAAACGGAAGCAAUCAUCUCCGCUGUCGUCGUGCUGAUUUGGGUCCUUGUUGCGCUGAUGGGUAUCUUCCGCGCGGUGUUUUUGUUCUUCAUGCGUGAGAAGAAUCGUGGUGAGGGCGGUGGCUUGCCGUCAUUGAGUCCGGGUCCGAAUCCGAAUGCGGGGUCUGGGCCGGGGCCGGAUGGGUUCUUUGAUGUGCCGUUGACGGCGAUGCCGAAUUUGAACGCGAGUGGGGGUGCGGAUGGUGCUGGGGUUAGGGAGCUUGAUCCGGUUGGACGGGAUUAUGGGUCUGGUCAGCCCGCGCCGAGGUAUGAAGCUAGUGUGGGCGCGGGUGCAGGUGUGAAGGGGGCAUCUGCUGGUGUAGCGGUUGUGGAUGAAAAUGUGUAUCCCGAUGAGAAGCUUGAUAAGUCGUAUGGCUUGUAA